AUAUUGUCCUACACUGAAGGUCUUCAUGGAAAAUGGCUGUUCACAGAGAUCCGAGCUGUGUUUUCCAGACGCUACCUUCUUCAGAACACAGCUCUGGAAGUGUUCAUGGCAAACAGAACGGCCGUCAUGUUCAACUUCCCAGAUGCAGUCACGGUAAAGAAGGUGGUCCACAGCCUUCCUCGCGUCGGAUUGGGCACAAACUUCGGUCUUCCUCAGACCAGGCGUAUUUCUCUGGCCACGCCCAAGCAGCUCUUCAAGACGUCCAACAUGAUGCAGCGCUGGCAACGCCGCGAGAUAUCCAACUUCGAGUACCUGAUGUUUCUCAACACCAUCGCUGGUCGCACCUAUAACGACCUGAACCAGUACCCGGUCUUCCCCUGGAUUAUCACCAACUAUGACUCACCAGAACUGGACCUGACUCUGCCUAGCAACUACAGAGACCUGUCUAAGCCCAUUGGAGCACUGAACCCCAAGAGGGCGGCAUUUUUCUCAGACAGAUACGAGACCUGGGAGGACGACCAGGUGCCCAAGUUCCACUACGGGACCCACUACUCCACCUCCAGCUUCACCCUGAUGUGGCUGCUCCGCAUCGAACCCUUUACCACCUUCUUCCUUAACUUCCAAGGAGGGAAGUUCGACCACGCCGACCGCACCUUCUCCUCCUUGUCCAGGGCCUGGAGGAACUGCCAGAGGGACACAUCUGACGUUAAGGAGCUGAUCCCAGAGUUCUUCUACCUGCCUGAGAUGUUCGUCAACGCCAACAACUACAACCUGGGAGUGAUGGAGGACGGCACCGUUGUCUCUGAUGUGGAUCUUCCGCCUUGGGCCAAAAGCUCGGAGGAGUUUGUUCGCAUCAAUCGGCAGGCUCUGGAGAGCGAGUUUGUGUCCUGCCAGCUCCACCAGUGGAUUGACCUGAUUUUCGGCUACAAGCAGCAGGGACCCGAAGCUGCCAGGGCCCUCAAUGUUUUUUACUAUCUGACAUAUGAAGGCGCGGUCAACCUGAGCUCCAUUAACGACCCCAUGCUCAGAGAGGCCGUGGAGUCUCAGAUCAGGAGUUUUGGACAGACUCCUUCUCAGCUGCUCAUUGAGCCUCACCCGCCUCGAAGUUCAGCCAUGCAAGUGACGCCGAUGAUGUUCACGGAGCAGAUGCAGCAGGACGUCAUCAUGGUGCUGAAGUUCCCAUCCAAUUCUCCUGUGACCCACGUGGCGGCCAACACCCAGCCGGGCCUCGCGUCGCCCGCCAUCAUAACCGUCACCGCCAACCGUCUCUUCUCUGUCAACAAAUGGCACGGCUUGGCAGGUCAUCAGAAUGCCGGGGAGCAGCAGUACCAACUUCCUGUGGAAAUUGACCCUUUGAUAGCCAGCAACGUGGGCUCUCACCGGCGUCAGAUCUCAGACCUCCUGGAUCAGAGCAUCCAGAUCAGCUCGCAGUGUUUCAUCAUCACCGCCGACAACCGCUUCAUCCUGCUGUGUGGCUUCUGGGACAAGAGCUUCCGGGUCUACUCCACCGACACAGGGAAGCUGACGCAGAUCGUGUUCGGACACCGGGACGUGGUGACGUGUCUCGCCCGCUCUGAGUCGUACAUCGGUGGAGACUGCUACGUCCUGACAGGCUCCAGAGACGCCACCCUGCUGCUGUGGUACUGGAACGGAAAGCACAGCAGCAUCGGAGAGAGCCCAGGCACAGAGUUUACCACACCGAGGGCCAUCCUGACGGGACAUGACUGUGAGGUGACGUCUGUCAGCGUCUGUGCUGAGUUGGGUCUCGUCAUCAGUGGCUGCAAAGAGGGUCCUUGCCUGGUCCAUUCCAUGAACGGAGACCUGCUCCGGACCUUGGAGGCCCCGGAGAGCUGCUUGCGGCCCCGGCUCAUCCAGUCCUCCACCGAGGGCCACUGCAUGAUCUACUACGAUAAGGGACACUUCUGCCUCUUCAGCAUCAACGGCAAGCUGCUGCGACACAUGGAGGUGCAGGACAACAUCAAGGCCAUGCUGCUGAGUCGGGACGGUCAGUAUUUGCUGACAGGUGGAGACGGUGGAGUCGUGUCCGUCUGGCAGGUCUCUGACCUCAAACAGCUCUUCACCUUUCCUGGCUGUGACGCAGGGAUCCGCUCCAUGGCAAUGUCGCAUGAUCAACGGUGCAUCAUCACUGGCAUGGCGUCUGGCAGCAUCGUCCUCUUCUACAACGACUUUAACAGGUGGCAUCAUGAGUACCAGACCAGAUACUGAGGUCCAGACCACACCAUUGAACUCUUAUCAAAUGGUGCUGUUCUGCCAGCAGCUCCACGUUCUGAAUGUAUCUCGGUGGAAAGGGGGGAGGAGAAAAAAUGAUCUGUUCUGUAAGAGCAACAAAUUAUUUUUAAAAAAAGGGCAUUGCUAUAUAUUUUGUAGAUCAGAUAGAAAACGUUUCCUAUAACUCUUUAAGGUGGGGGGGGUUCUGUAACGGUUUGAGUGGAAAUAAUCUAUUUUUAGCUGUAAGAGUCUAUUUUCAUCUCCUCCAGGAAUAGAGCAGGGGCAACGGGAACAUGUUCGGCUGAAAAAUCCAAAUAUUUAUGUACUUUGGAUUGAGUGAUUCGUGUUGGUGUUUGUGUGUGAGGGGAAUAAUUAUUGAGCUAUACUUCACUUAAACAUGCUUUUUUUUUUUCUUAUACUGGAAACACAGCAAGUAAGUAGGAAAUGUUUGAAUAAUAAAAAAAAACACAAUGUACUUGACAGAAAGAUGAGCAGAGAGGGAAAACUUGGUGAUGCUAUCUAUAUACACGCCGUCCUUAUUUAAGAUAUCUGCUCCCGCUGUGCUUGCUCUGAUUGUUUUAUGUGCGAGGCUCGUAUUCAGCAGCUAUCAGUUUAUUUAAUGUCUAAGAUCCAGAACUUCCCUGUUAUCAGCCGUUUAAAUAAGUCUGCUUUCGUUCAAAGAAUCAUUUCUUUUCCAUCUCCUCUAGAGGUGAGCUCGUUUCUCUAAAACCUCAACUGUGACUUUGGUCUCCAAAGCAGCAAAGGUCAGCGUGAAGUGCAGUGAAAGGAUCAACUUUUUCCCAUUUCUGCUUGUUUUAUUUAAUUUAAAUCAUAUUCAUUAAUUUACAGAAUGAAUAAUUUUUAACACGUUGUUCAGCACCAAAUUGUUGCGACAAAUCGUCUCUUGAACAAGCAUCCACCUCCAGCAUACCUGACAUUCCUCUCUAUAAAGUCUGUGCUUUGUCAUUUUGUCUCUGAUUAUAUGAAGAUGAGGUAUAACUCAUUAUUUUUGCAAUCAUUUGGAGUGUUUUUGUUUGCUGAGUUCUGACAAUAAAAAUGAAUUUUAUUACUUGA